CUCAGGCAUAUAUUAGAUCGAUACGUAAACAUAUUGGGAACACAGGCCUAUAUCAUUUUCUAUCAUCUGUAACGUUUCAUGCCAUAAUGGAAUAAAGGCCCAAAGUACAAAAUUUUCUUUAAGUAAUUUUACAGGGUGUUGGUGACCAAAAGUUUUCCUGGCCCCUUUUACGUGCGAUUCCACCACUCUAAGGUUGACCAGAAGGUAGUCAAUGAAAUUCCCUCAGUUUUCUAUGACUGAACAAUGAUUUCCCUUAGAAUGUAUGAGGGACGGUUCUGGGACUUUCAAAAUAAACGUUGUGGUGAAUGCUCUAAUUACCAGAUUCCAUAUUGUGCAGAUCCCAUUUUGAAACUGUGGAAAUCAAUCUACCCGAUACCAAAUUUGAGAUUCGAAGGAUCACAACCAUAUCGUUUGAACGUCGACUAGGCUGCUACAGC